CGUCCGCGAGCCCCUCACAAUUACCUGUUCCACCAGAACUGACGCGAGCGCGAGUUGGCGAGCACAUGCCACGCUGGAACAAGAGCCAAAAAGAAGUGAAACUGCGGCUGUGCAGCACCAGGCUCGCGAGGACGAUUUAGAUCAAUCCACCAAAAAAACACGCAAAACAAAAAAACUCAAACCAAACUGUGUGUGCGUUUUGAACAAACCUCUGGAAGAGCCCACUGAGGAUCUGUGAAACUCGCAAGGAUGCACUUGUUGUCGGCCGGCUACGCGUCUGCCCUCCUCCUCAUCGCGCUUCUCAGCCAAGUCACCUCUUUGGAGCCUAUUAUUGGCCAGUAUGGGGAAAUGCUCAAGAUCCCAUGCAACAGUGGAGCCAUAAAGGCAGAAGACAUCGCCAUCACUAAAUGGAAAUAUGACAAAGGGGAUGGAGUUCCAGGAUACCUGCUGGUGAAGCAGAAAAACCAGAAUGUCUCAAUCAGCGCCACUGAUGAAUACAAGGUCCGUGUGAGCAUGGACAAAAACUCCAGCCUGCUGAUCUCUGCCGCCAAGCUCAGCGACCAGCGGACUUUCACUUGCAUGGUGGUGACCGGCGGAGACGUGUUCGAAUACCCAGUUAAUGUCCUAAUUCACAAGUUGCCGGCAAAGUUGGAGAUUUCUGGAGAAGCAGAGGAGCUAGAGAUUGGAAGACUUACUAAGCUUGGAAAUUGUGUUGCAAAAGAUGCCAACCCACCUGCAAACAUCACAUGGUUCAAGAACAAUAAACCUCUGGAGGCUGAUGGGAAAGGGAUUUCCAUCAAAGUUUCUGUUGUGGUAGAAUCUAGUACCGGCCUCUCGACCACUACCUCCACACUCGAGUAUUCUGCAAUGAAGGAAGACACAGGCGCCAAGUUCAAAUGCCGUGCUGACGGUCUACCGCUGGAAUCCUCUUCCAUGAACUUUACUAUUACCUACUCCACGGAGAACAUCAUGCUUGAGGUCAGUCCUCAGAAAGAGCUUAAAGAGGGAGACAACUUGACUUUGAAGUGUGUGGCAGAUGGUAACCCAGCUCCUACCAGCUUUAACUUUCACCUUAAGGGGGAGCUGGUGACCGUGGAAAACACGGAUACCUACACCAUCGCGAAUGUCUCACGCGACGCCACCGGUGAAUACAAAUGCUCCCUAACUGAUGACACGUCCAUGGAAGCGACCAGGAACAUCACCGUCACCUACUUAGACAUCAAUUUAAGCCCCUCUGGGAAUAUUGUCAAGCGCGCUGGCGAAGCCUUGAAUCUGAGUCUUCAGAUUGAUUCUUCCGGAAAGGCAGAGGUCUCCUGGACAAAGAAUAAUGCUAAACUGGGCAAACAGCCCAACUUUACCAAGCUCGGUUACUCGGACUCUGGUCGCUAUGAGUGGACGGUGACAGUUGGACACAUCACCCGGACAGCUUCUUUUGAUCUUACUGUCGAAGGUCCUGCAGUUGUAAAGAGCCUGUUCAAAAAUCGCAGUAAUGACGGCCAACAUAAAGUCUUGACUUGUGAGGCUGAAGGCUCUCCAAAGCCAGCUGUUUCCUGGAGCAUUAAUGGCACCGUGCUUGGUGAAAGUCCUUUCGUCAAUGGAAAGAUUACACACAAGAUCAAAGUUGUGCCCUCUGCAAAUCUAACUGUCCACUGUACAGUGACCAAUAGGCUUGGCAAUGAUUCCAGAGCUAUAAAUGUGUCCUCUUUAAUUGAGGAGGUGAGAAUGGAUAAACAAGAUCAGUCGGAAGACAGCGACCAAACCAGAUUGGUGGUUGGUGUUAUAGUGGGUCUCCUCAUCGCCACUUUGGUUAUAGGACUGGCAUACUGGGUUUACUCGAAGAAAUCCAAGCAAGGAAGCUGGAAGACCGGCGAGAAGGAGUGCGGGUCCUCCGAGGAGGAGAAAAAGCUGGAGGAGAAAGUGGAGGAAAACAGCCAAAAAGCUGAGGUGUAAAGAAACAGCGGCGAUGCGAAAGUGAGAACGUGGAACUUUUGCACAUUUCUCU